GUUGAAAAGAGACAGAAGUGCUUCCCAGUCCCCGCCCGUGAUCCACUCAGCUUUGGGACACAGCAGCAGCAGUGACUGUGACCAUGCAGGCAGCCUAUAAUGGAGAUGAAGCCACUGACAGAACCUCACCAGGGUCAUGAGUUGUGUCCGCCCUUCACUCCUGUGUAACUUGCCCACCUGGAGUUCAGUCCAACCCGACCCUCACCUAUGCCUGCAGGACCAUGGGUAGUGUCAGCAGCCUCAUCAACGGCAACAGCCUCAACAGCAAACACUGCAAGGCGUCUGACUACAGGCUAAAAAAGGAAACAAACCCUCACAGAAAGAGUGGAGGUUGCAGCCUGGACAGUUUACUGAGGUGUGGCUUUACUCAGGGCUCCUCCUCCAACGGUCAUCCCUCCAAAGGCUUGUCACAUUCCCGCUCAGGAAGAAGUGAAGAUUUCUUUUAUAUUAAGGUGAGCCAAAAACCCCAGUCAGUGUACAACAGAAGAGCAUCAAUGGAAGAUUACACAGGUGGACAGAACCAAGACGGCGAAUCAGAUGGGAGACAGCAACCAAAACUGCUGCUCAAGUCAGGGAAUGUGACUCAAAGGACCUCUGCUGAGAAGUCAUUGGUCCAUUCCACUGCCUUCAAGCCUGUGAUUCCCAGGAGUACAACCUCCACAGAGACAGGCCAACACAGCCUGGACCGCAUCCUUUGCCCGCUGGAGAAAUCCAGGUGUCCAGAUAUACGGCAAAAGCAGGACACCUUCUCAGGGACUCUCUCAGACUCUGGACGUAACUCCAUGUCAAGCCUGCCCACCCACAGCACCAGCGGCAGCCUAAGUGUUUCCACAGGCCCUGUCAGUCAAAGUGACAGCAGCCCCGCUCCUGCAAACAGCCUCAGCAAGGGUGUGCAGCCCAAUUUCCCUCCAUGGGUCAACGGGAAUAACGUUAACCUUGACUGUAGCUACAGGGCUGGUUCAAGCAGUGGGGGGUUAGCAUCUAAGGCUAAUGGGGAGCCUGCAGCCCCGCUUUGUGCAGAUGAGACAAGAGCUCUCUCUCAAACUGCAGGUGGGAUUCGCUCACCUAUUACCACCGAUGAGUCACUGAUUGAACGUUUGGAACAAAGGCUGCUGGAGAGAGAGAGUGAACUGCAGGAACUGCAGGUGAGCUUUGAGGAGAAGGAGGCAGAAACCUGUCAGCUGUUUGAGGAAAGACAAAAAUACUGUGUAGAGGAGAUGGAGGGGCUGAAGCAGAGGUGCUCCAUGAAGCUACGGCAGGUGUCCCAAAUGGCUGCAAAAACCCAGCAAACUCUCCACCUACAAGUCAGCCAGCUCCAGGCUGAGAGGGAGAGGCUACAGGAAGAUGUCUCAAAGCUAACCCGAGAGAAGGAUCUGGUCGAGCUCCGGCUGAGGUCUUACGAGACACAGAGUACACAACUCGCUCCAACACUGGAGGAAACUCAAUGGGAGGUGUGCCAGAAGACAGGAGAGAUCUCAUUGUUAAAGCAGCAGCUGAGAGACUGCCAGGCGGACGUCAGCCACAAACUGAAUGAGAUCGUCAGCUUGCGGGCAUUACUGAGGGAAAAUGCAGCCAAGAUGGAGACGCUAGAAAAACAAAACAAAGAGCAUGAGGACAAACUUCACUCUCGCACCAUAGAGGCUGAGGUGUGUCAGAACGAACUCCAACGCAAGAAGAAUGAGGCCGAUCUGCUGAGAGAGAAAGUAGGCAAACUGGAGAUGGACAUUCAGGUGAUGAAACAGGAUCUGGCCCUGGCUAAAGAACAAAGACUGCAGCACAGUCUGCAGCAAGAGGCCCGUGCCCAGACUCAGGCCUUGGAUAGACUUGCAGAAGACUCAGACUCCCCCGCCGCGCAGGGCCAGGAGGAGGAGAACGAGAGCAAACACAGCUCUACAGAAUCACUCCAGAAGGAGGUGGAGAGACUGAAGCAGCAGCUCAGCGAGGAGAGGGAUGCGCAGCAGAGGCAGGCCAACAGCUUUGAGCAGGAGAGGCUGACGUGGAACAAGGAGAAGGACAGGGUCAUAAAGUACCAGAAGCAGCUCCAGAUCAACUACCUGCAGAUGCACAAGAAGAACCGCGACCUGGAGAGGAUCCUGAAGGAGCUGACGGCUGAACUGGAGAGCCGGACGGAGCUAGGGAUGGACUUCAACUACAGCUCAGGGUUACAAACAUAUGAUGAUGUUAUUGCCACAGAGAUUUGAGAUCACAUCGUUCAGUGAAAGCUAAAUGGGCACUUGACUGUGAUUCACCACUGAUAUUUAUGAAUUAAUUACACCUGCAGAUCAUUCACUGAAUAUUGGUGUUUACCAUGGUUAUUUAUUAGAAUGUGGAUCAUCUAGAAACACUUUUAGUUCUUGUAUAAAAGUAAAUAUUAAAUUAUUACAUUUUUAAAUAUUUUUUUUACCAUCCUUUUACUCACCAUUAAAAUCAUGCACGUUUUCUUUGUUUUUUAAUACCAUUUAUGAGUCGAGACAGGCCAGACAAAGGUGAAUUAUCCAUUUUUAUGAUUAAUGCCUGAUGCUGACAUAUGAUGUGCAUGAUGGUGGCUCAGCAUCUGCCCCCUCCAGCAUGGAAAAUGGCAGUGAUGUAUCAUCUAAUGCAGAUUACUUUAACCUUAAUGAACUUUGCCUGCUUUGCUCCUUUACAGUCUGUUAUUUAAGGUGAUCAUGCAUGGAAAAGUACCUUUAAGCAUUUCAGUCGUUUCAUUAACAUCACAUUAGUCUCAUAUUUGUAUAUUUGCA